CCCCCAUCGACUGAGAGGAACCGAAUUCGAAGUUCUCACGUUGCUCUGAUCUCUCAGCUUGAUCUUUUGAUUUGAUUCUCUCUCUCGUCUAUCGCCGGAGAAUACGUAAGAAUGCAGUUCUUCGGUGGAUCCGAGAUAAGUCCUUCUCCGCCGGUACCGACGGCGAGUGGAAACAACGCGCACAUGAUGUACGUUUUCAAUCGUAACGGUGUGUGUCUUCUCUACAAAGAAUGGAAUCGCCCUCUCCAUACGCUCAAUGCUCAGCAAGAUCACAAGCUCAUGUUUGGUCUUUUGUUCUCUCUAAAAUCCCUCACCGCCAAGAUGGAUCCAGUCAAUGCGGAUAAGGGGAAUCUAGGGGUUCCACAGUUGCCAGGACAGGGAUGCUCUUUCCACAGUUUCCGUACCAACACUUACAAGCUAAGCUUCAUGGAAACUCCCUCUGGUAUCAAGAUCAUCUUAGUAACUCAUCCAAAGACGGGAGAUUUGCGUGAAUCCUUAAAGUACAUCUACAGUCUAUACGUUGAAUAUGUCGUAAAAAAUCCUAUAUACAGCCCAGGAUCUCCAAUCAAGUCGGAGUUAUUUAACACUGCACUUGACCAGUACGUAAGGAGCAUCUCAUAGUGUGUGUGCAUUAUAGGUUUGUCCAUUGGAACUUCUCUGCUUAACAGAACUUUCUUCUGAACAAAUCUAUGAAGAGAAGAGAGAAUUGCCGUGUAGAGAGAUCAUCGAGUUCUACUGAUUUCUCUGCAAAUGUAUUUACCCUUUUAAAAUCACUGUAUUGGCUUUUGUUAUCAACGAUGUUUAUGGUUAAUCUAAUCUUGAAUUUGGAAAUCAGACAAGAAAUCGUAUUUAUGUCA